AUGUUGGAGAAAUACCCCAUCGGGACGCGCAAGGAGAGUGAAGCUCUUGUCGGCGAGUGGGGGUUCAAACAUAUCUUCACUUGGUCGGAUGGCAGCAAUGCACAUUAUUCACCACACUCCCACAGCGGCCUGACAACACAUCUCAUCCGUCGGGGUACCUUUACGGUCACAUACCCUGAGGACAAUGUCAACGGGCAAGUCAAGAAAGAGACAUUUGGUGUCGGGGACCGAAUUGAUGUUCCUGCUGGGAAGCUUCAUGAGGUUUGGAUUGGGGGUGAAGGGUGCGAAUAUGUUAUUGGGGAGUAG